GUGUGGUGUCGUGUAGCGUCACAGGUCAGGGGUCAGGGGUCAGGACGCCGCUGAGCGGUGGGAAAGUCACAAACAGGUUGAACAAUAAUGAGGAACGUGAACGUUUAACACCGCUUGGGAUGAAUGGACAGUAACCGGAGCUCCCGCGGCUCUUUGAACAAACUGCUUGACGCGGAGGAAUUCUUUCCCAACAUCCGUGUGACUGUGCCAGCUGCAGCGUGAUGCAUCCAGAGCGGCCCAGAGCGGGCAUCACCCCGCGGAGAUGGCGGCCGAGUUCACCCCCUCUGGGCACGCUGAGCACCGGCCCACUGCAGGGCCUCAUCCAGAGCGCCAGGCCUCUUUCCUUCUGCUUCCUGCUCCCCAGGGUCCAUGCAGCUGAUCUGGCUGCUGCCCAGCCUGCACAGAUGCUCUCCUCCUCCUCCUCCUCCUCCUCCUCAGUCGCUCCCGCUCUUCCACCCAGCUCAUCUCCAAACACUUUGCCGAGCAACAUGUGCAAGCCAGAAUUCCCAGACACUGGAUGGGAUCGCAUCAAGGACCUCUUCGACCGAGAUGUGACUCAGAAGUAUCCAGAGGAACUGACCAACGUGAUAAAGAGCGGAGCGGUCGCUGCGCUCGCCGGCCUAAUCUACGGCGGCCUGCCAGCCGCACGCGACGCCAGGCAGAGGUACAUCCAAGCCAGCCAGGCGGAAAUGUACACGAGUCGCGUGGAAGCGGUGCGCUCGGCACAUAACGCUGCGAUCCGCGGGUUUGUGAGAUACGGGUGGAGGUGGAGCUGGAGAGUGGCUGCAUUCGUCACCUUGUUCAACUCUGUGAGCACGGGACUUUCUGUUCACAGGGACAAGUACACCGUCAGUCACUACGCAGCAGCUGGAGCUGUCACCGGAGGCCUGUUCAGACUGAACCUGGGCCUCAGAGGGCUGGUGGCAGGAACGAUCAUCGGAGCAGUUCUGGGGAUUCCUACUGGUGCUGCGAUCAUCAGCAUGCAGUCUCUGACUGGAGAGACGGUCCGGGAGCGGAGGAGGAGGGAGCGCCGGGAGCUGUACGAGCUCCGACUUGCAGAAUGGGCGGCCCGACUGCAGUUGACAGAAGAUCUGAUUGGUGAUCUGAAUGUCAGCUGUCAGGAGGAGGAAUCCAACAAGGACAUGAAGAGGAUCCAUGAACUGCUCUCUUCACCCCGAAAUGAGGAAGUGGCUCUGGACUCGAGCAGCCAAUAACAGCAGCUGCUUAAGUUCCUGUUUUCUUCCGAACAUUUGAGGAGGGACUUUAACUGUGACGAUCGACAGGUCAUGUCUUCGCUUGGCGUCUGUCACACACACCGUCACCUCGCGGAGAGUAAACAGCUUCACGUUACGAUUUAAAGACUCUGAGGAGCUGAGCGACACAACCAUUUUCCUCUAGUGCAACCUAAAUUCAAAAUUGUCACUGUAAAUGAUAUAACCUAAUAAAAUAAAUGUUUGUGA